AUGGAUCAAACAGCGCAAAACCGACGACCAGGACGACCUCGAAUUUAUAUUAAUGACGCUGAACGCCAAAGGAGUCACCGCCUUAGAGAGACUUCACAGCAGCGCAGUAUCCGUUGGCAAGCAAACGCAGAGCAACAACGACGGAGGCGACAGAACGAAAACGAGGAGCAACGUUUGGUCAGACGCUCAGCUAAUGCAGCGCUUCAGGAAAAUAGACGCCAAAGCGAAGACGUUGAAGAGCGUUUUGCUCGGCAGAUGGCAAAUGCAGACCGCCAGCAAAGAAGACGCCAAAGUGAGAACGAUGGCCAGCGGUCUGCAAGACUACUGGAGAACUCACAACGCCAGCAAAGGAGACGCCAAAGUGAGAACGAUGAACAGCGAUCUGCAAGACUUCUGGGGAACUCACAACGCCAGCAAAGGAGACGCCAAGGUGAGAACGAUGAACAGCGGUCUGCAAGACUUCUGGGGAACUCACAACGCCAGCAAAGGAGACGCCAAAGUGAGAACGAUGAACAGCGGUCUGCAAGACUACUGGGGAACUCACAACGCCAGCAAAGGAGACGCCAAAGUGAGAACGAUGAACAGCGAUCUGCAAGACUUCUGGGGAACUCACAACGCCAGCAAAGGAGACGCCAAGGUGAGAACGAUGAACAGCGGUCUGCAAGACUUCUGGGGAACUCACAACGCCAGCAAAGGAGACGCCAAGGUGAGAACGAUGAACAGCGGUCUGCAAGACUUCUGGGGAACUCACAACGCCAGCAAAGGAGACGCCAAAGUGAGAACGAUGAACAGCGGUGCGACGGACAGCGUGGAACUGUUGUACAGUAUUAUUUUGCAAUUUUCCGCGAAACGAACUCCUGGGAAGAGGCGAAAGGUUUUUGCGAAACCAUUGGAGCUUAUCUUGUGAAAAUCGACACUUUGGAAGAAAAUAACUUUUUAAAUGUACUACAAAUAUUGAGCUUCGAUAGAGGAAGAACAUGGAUCGGAUUGAAGAAUGAUGAAAAAAGAUGGGAUACUUGGAGAUGGGUAGACGGCACAAAACCUAAAUUCUAUGCAUGGAAAACAGGCGAACCAAACGGAUAUCGAAACAAUGAGUGGUGCGCAAAUAUAGAGCCUACUGGAGGAUGGAACGAUUUGGAUUGCGAGAGCAGAGUUUGGAACGAAAAUUUAGGUGUUUUGUGCGAAACAGAUAAUUGUGCUGAUGUUGCUCUUUAA